GUACAAAAUCAGUUCAUAUUAUGUUUAUACACUAAUUUGUACUUCUUCUCAAAGAGUUUUUUUUUUUGCGAAUACAUUUGUAAAAACUGAAAAACAUGGCUCGCGCUGGUAUUUUGCUAGCUUUAUAUCUAUUAAUUGCCCAAAAUGCAUAUAAUGCAAAUGCUGCCGUUACUUUCUCAAAAUCAGUAGACAUUUCAAAAAAUGUUGGACCUAUCGGCUACAACUUUCAUGGUGGUUUCAAUGCUGGUUAUAAUGCUGGACAUAACACUGGUUACAAUGCUGGACAUAAUACUGGUUACAACCCUGAAUAUAAUACUGGUUGUAAUGCUGGAUGUAACACUGGUUGUAAUACGGAAUGUGAUGGUGUACAAUCCACUGUACCUUAUAUUUAUGGUGGUUACAAUGGACCUUUUGGAAAUGGUCUUUACGGUUAUGGACUUGGAAUCAACAGCAUCUGCGGAAAUAACAGAUUGUUAAAUACUUGUAUAACUAGUGGAUGUACUAAUACUCUUUUGACAUGUGGCUCUGGUUACGAAUACAGACCUAACUGUGGUUAUGGUUAUGGGUUAUAUAAGGGUUGUGGAUAUGGACCAAAUUAUGGAUUAGGUUGUGGAUAUAACAACGGUUGUGGAUAUAACAAUGGUUGUGGAUAUAUAAAUGGUUGUGUACCAAAUUCUAAAUGUACUUGUGAUGAAUUCGGAACAAAACCUGGUUGCGGUUGUGGUGGACUUGGAUCCAAACCUGGAUGCGGUUGUGUCAGUUCAGGGCAUAUUAUUGAACCAGUACCUGAAAAAUCCAUAAAAAUUAACAAAGAAAUAUCUAUUGAAAAAACUAUUUAAGUCCAGCAAUCUAAAAGUAGAACAUAUUUCAUCAUUAAUUAAUAUAGAAAAUAAAAUGUGAUUUUUAAAUGAACAUAAUUUAAGUUUAUUUAUACAAUUAAAAUCGAUAACUAGUAUAUAAUUGAAGCAUUUUUUAAAUUGUUCUAUCUAAUUUAUAAAAAUAACAACAAUUAUUAUUUUUACUUUGUUUCAUUAUUAAAUAUUGCAUAAUAUAUUAAAUUUAUGCAUAAUUUUUUUUAAAACCUAUAGAAUUCAAAAUUGUGAAGCAAAUAUAACUUUUAAAAUUAUUUUACACCAUAUUGCGUUUUAUAUAUUUAAGUAAAAAUUAAAAUUUCCCAAGCUAUUAUUUUUAACGUAUUUUAUGUUUCAUUUGACAUGAAAAAGUUUCAUUGAGAUAAAUUAAACAAAAAUAUAUCUACCAGUAAAAACAGGCUUACACGAGGAGAAAUACGCCAAUUACUCAAAAAAGUUCUUUACUGACUAUAUACGUCUACACAUAAAAAAAAAAAAUCCAGAGAUGUAAAAGUAAAAGUGUUUUACAUUAAAACAUAGCAUACAAUAUGUGCUCGUCAUUUUAUAAGUUUAUGAGAAAUUAUCAAAUAUGUACUACUAAUUUUUUGGAAGGGGUGCCAAGAAUGGCACCCUAUUCAAUCAUUUUUAUUUUUAAAUAUUUGUAUGACCUCUCUUAUUUUGUGGUCAUUAUAAUUAUUAAUGUUACUAAUUAUUUUCAUAGUUUUAAUGCUGUAUUACGUGUAAAUAAAUACUUAGCUAAUGAAAAA